UAAAUAUAUAUGUAUAGUUUGCCCUAUUCUCAAUUCUGCAACUGUGUGAAGUUGCCGACUGUUCUUCAUCGGCAAGCUCAGGCUCAAGCUCCGUCCCCUUGUGAUCUGCAUCUCAUUCAGAUCGAUGCAGAACAUGGCUUUUUCUAAGAUUGCGAAGGCUGCAUUGAGCCAGUCACGAAGCAGAACGGCCGCCGGAGGCAUGCACUACAGACCGGAAACGCUCUUCCGCGCCGGGGUUCCCUCCGGCCAACCGUACCACACUCUGCUCAAUGGAGCUCGCCACUUGUCUCCGAUUAGAAGAGCCGGCGUCUUCGGAGACGAGAGCAGAGCCAUCAGCCACACGCCGCACUCCCAAUCCCCCUCGGCCUCGGCCGCGGCCGCCGCCCGAAAAGACGAGUUGGCGGACGAAGACGACGAGAGGCUGCCGGGGCUGGAGGCCACCAAGCCCGGCCAGAAACCCAGGGUUGUGGUCCUCGGCACCGGCUGGGCCGGCUGCCGGUUCCUCAAAGGCCUGGACGCGAAGCUUUACGACAUCGUGUGCAUCUCCCCCAGGAACCACAUGGUCUUCACGCCUCUGCUGGCCUCCACCUGCGUCGGGACGCUCGAGUUCCGCUCCGUCGCCGAGCCGGUCAGCCGGAUCCAGUCCGCCCUCGCCAGAUCCCCCGACUCCUACUUCUACCUCGCCUCCUGCACCGGCAUCGACACCGACAAACACGAGGUGUACUGUGAGUCCGUUCCCGGCGACGGGCAGCCGCCUCAUUCCCCCCACCGCUUCAGAGUUGCAUACGACAAGCUGGUCAUCGCAGCCGGUGCGGACCCUCUGACCUUUAACAUCAAAGGAGUCAAAGAGAACGCCAUGUUUCUCCGCGAGGUAAACCAUGCUCAAGAAAUCCGGAGGAAGCUUCUCUUGAACCUGAUGCUCUCCGAAUCCCCCGGCAUAUCCGAGGACGAGAAGAAGCGACUUCUGCACUGCGUUGUCGUAGGCGGCGGCCCGACCGGAGUAGAAUUCAGCGGUGAACUCAGCGAUUUCAUCAUGAAAGAUGUGCGCGAAAGGUAUUCGCAUGUGAAGGACUACAUUCGAGUGACUCUCAUCGAGGCAAAUGAGAUACUGUCGUCGUUCGAUAUUAGCUUGAGGCAAUAUGCAACGAAUCACUUGACAAGGUCUGGAGUUCGCCUCGUGCGCGGUGUCGUCAAAGAGGUGCUUCCGGAAGUGAUCCACCUUAACGAUGGAACAAGCGUUCCUUAUGGUCUCCUAGUCUGGUCGACUGGGGUUGGGCCUUCUCAGUUCAUAAAAUCUCUCAACUUUCCCCAAUCCCCUGGAGGAAGGAUCGGUGUCGAUCAAUGGCUUCGAGUUCCCUCGGCGGAAGAUGUUUUUGCACUUGGGGAUUGUGCUGGCUUCCUUGAACAAACAGGGAAGCCAGUUCUUCCUGCUCUGGCUCAGGUUGCAGAGAGGGAAGGCAAGUACUUAGCCAACUUAUUCAAUCAGAUCGGUAAGACGAAUGCCGGGAAAGCUUAUUGUGCCAAAGAGGUUCCUCUAGGAGAUCCUUUCGUCUACAAGCAUUUAGGGAGCAUGGCAUCUGUCGGCCGGUACAAAGCCUUAGUCGAUCUAAGGCAGAACAAGGAUGCAAAGGGUCUCUCGAUGGCAGGGUUCGUCAGCUGGUUCAUAUGGCGUUCGGCCUAUUUGACUCGCGUGGUGAGUUGGAGGAACAGAUUUUACGUCGCCGUCAAUUGGGCUACCACUCUAGUAUUCGGCCGGGAUAACUCGAGAAUCGGUUGAUACAGGCAGUCCACAUUUGUAUUAGUGUUCUUCACACUAUUUGUUUCCUAUAUUCAUUAGCAUGUUAUUUGUUUUAGGGCGAUCAAGUGAUCGGUAAACGUUCUUGAUUGUAAACAAUCUUUAUAACAGAGCUAUGGGCAUAUGAAAUUAUAUUGGAAUCUUGCCUUCUUCCCAA